CUAAAUGAGUGUAUAGGAAUCGUAUAAUUAUAUUGUUAAAGGCUUGUAAAUGUGAUGUAAUUAUUAUACGUCAUUAUUAUUUUUAGCACCUCUUUAGUUCAUGAAUUCCUUUUAUUUCCCCAAAAUUCCCACUAUGUCUGACGAUGCCUGUAAACAUAGAAUCUGCAUAUCAAGCAGACUGCUAACCUAAUAUGCAUUUCACACUAGUCGUUGGUGUUACCAAUCGUCGCAGAUCAUUAAGCACUCUCAAAGAACUAGUGUAUGUAAUGUACCCACAUCAGCUUAGAACUACGGACUACGGGGGAUCUGUAAAAUAGUAACCAACUAGUCACUUGAUCAUAACUAUGUGAUGACCGAUAAUUACGUUGAGUUUCCCUCCCGUGGUUUACAAGUCAAUUUGUAACGUGUUUAAGGAACCGUAUAAUUAGUUUCAUAACACUACUCGUACUUUAUGCUGUAUUCAUAUUAAACAUGCUUCAUUGGCUCUUCAUUGCCUCAGGGAAACGAAAAGAAUGCAUCCUACAAGCCUUUAGAGGACUCACAAGGCCCCACACAAACACUUAGCUUUUACUUUCCCUUCCCAAACCUUUCCUAUGAGUAUGACUAACAUAACAUCCAUGUGUCAAAUAGUGAAUCACAGCUAUAAAAGCGGUGGGUACAGUUAAAGAUGCAUUAAAACAUCAUUUACCAUUUACUUCCAACUCAAUCCAAGAAGAAGAACUAACUCAAGUAUUCAAUGGCUUCAAUUCAGUUGUUUGCAGUGCUCAUUAUCGCCGCCAUGCUCAGCUUUGGCAGCUGUCUUCCUGUACCUAAUGAACGAGAGCGUAACUCUACUGGUCCAACAUGGAAUUGGGUGAAUGGAAUACUGGCCUCGGGUGGAUAUGCUAACAAGCUGUUGAAUCCACUAAAUGUCAACGCAAGCAACGACCAGUUGAGUCAUGUGAUGGAGAGUGUGUGCAACCUAACUGAAGUCAUCCGCUCCCUAGCAACUAUUAACAGCACUGAAGCACAUGACCUACAGCUGGUGCUGGAGAAAGUGGUGAUGGAAGGUUGCAAAUUGCUUAAGGCCAACGAGAGUGAUGACAGUGGGCUGACAGACUGUACUCCUGAAGAUCUGCUCAACAUUCAGACGGCCUGUGUAUCCAAGCAACUCGCUCUACUCCUGAACUCCCACCUCAAACAAGCAUUUAAAGAUCACUCCAACGAUAUAACUCGACUGUAUCCUUGCGAGUGGCUCAAGGAAAGAGUUCCCCGCUCUGAAAGCAUUCAAACAGCAUUGAAUUGUAUGUAACUUUGGUAAUAUACUUCAAGAUGGCUACCCGAUCACUUCAAUGGACUAACAUAGUAUUUAGAAUUAGCAUAUCACUGGUUUCAUUUUAGUUUCAUUUUCUGAGAAGUACGUACGUAUAUAGACUUCAUUCCAAUACCUCAUCACAGUCAUGAUCAUUAAUUUAUAUUAUGUAUACAAGUUACAUUAUGAACAUUAUACG